AUGUUUAGCUGCACUCGAAACUACGGCCCCCAGCUAUUGGCUACUUUUUCGCAUGAUGGAGCGCUUUUACUGACGCCAGGAACUUCUUGUCUCCUUCUCGUCUGGAGCGCAUGGACAGGUCACUGUCUGCGCAUUGUACGCCAAGGGAACGCGGAAGGUUUCGUUGCUGGUUUAGCAAUGACACCAGGACUCCAUCCGGGACUCUCAGAUUUUCAUAAAAAUUCUUACUACCGACGUCAUAAACGUCACAAAAGCCAAAACUUGGGUGUCAACUUAGCUGUUGAAUUGUCUGCUCUUAAUCAUCCUUCAUUCGAUGCUACCUGGCCUGGGGUUGUGAAGAUGGAGCAAUCAAAUUUUCAUUUGAAUGUUACAAGC